CGUCUCAUGUGAAGUUGAAGGAGCGCAAGCGCGUCUGUGUUCAUCACUCUAUUCUUUGUGCGCUUCUGUGAAAAUAUUUGAGCUAAUUUGGCGUUCAUUUAAGCGGACCCCAUGUGUUUGGACCGAACGAAAACUUUUGUUUAAAAUUGGUGUUUCCUGAAAUGAUGUCAUCCUGUGGUCCUCUUCUAUUGGCUGUGUCAUGCUGUUUGGUUGCUCUGACAUCAUCACUCAACCUGGAUGACCCUAAUGUCUGCAGUCACUGGGAAAGUUACUCAGUGACCGUGCAGGAGACGUACGCUCAUCCGUUUGAUCAAAUCUACUACACCAGCUGCACGGACAUCCUCAACUGGUUCAAAUGCACUCAGCACAGAGUAAGCUACAGAACGGCCUAUCGCAGGGGUGAGAAGACAAUGCAUCGACGCAAGUCUCAGUGCUGCCCAGGUUUCUAUGAGAGUGGAGAUAUAUGCGUUCCCCACUGUGCUGAGAAAUGUGUGCAUGGCCGCUGCGUGGCCCCCAACACCUGUCAGUGUGAGCCGGGCUGGGGAGGGGCUGACUGCUCCAGCGCGUGUGACCGUGAUCACUGGGGCCCACACUGCAGUAGCCGGUGUCAGUGUAAGAACGAGGCGCUGUGUAACCCCAUCACUGGAGCGUGCAUAUGUGCACCCGGGUACCAUGGCUGGCGAUGUGAAGACCUCUGUGACCAUUCCACUUAUGGCAACAAUUGCCAACAGAAAUGUCUGUGCCAGAAUAAUGCUACAUGCCACCACAUCACAGGCGAAUGCGUGUGCAGUCCAGGAUACACAGGAGCAUUCUGUGAGGACUUGUGCCCUCCGGGAAAACAUGGACAGCAAUGUGAGGAGCGUUGUCCCUGUCAGAACGGUGGUGUGUGUCAUCAUGUGACUGGAGAAUGUUCCUGUCCUGCUGGUUGGAUGGGAAUGGUGUGUGGACAACCCUGUCCGACGGGACGCUUUGGUAAGAACUGCUCACAGGAGUGUCAGUGUCAUAAUGGAGGAAUCUGUUCGCCAUCCACAGGACAGUGUGUGUGCAGUUCAGGAUACACAGGAGAGAGGUGCCAAGAUCAGUGCCAGGUUGGCACAUAUGGUAUCGGCUGCAGCCAGGCAUGUCGCUGUGUAAAUGGCGCUCAGUGCUAUCAUGUGAGUGGAGCAUGUUUGUGCGAGCAGGGAUACACCGGAGAAAGCUGUGAGGAGCGCAUUUGUCCGGAUGGUCAAUAUGGCCUUAAGUGUGACAGGAAGUGCCCAUGUAACACCAACAACACACGCAGUUGUCACCCAAUGUCAGGUGAGUGUUCCUGCCAGUCGGGCUGGUCGGGGUUGUACUGUAAUGAGACAUGUGCUCCUGGUUUCUAUGGGGAGGCCUGUCAGGAGGUCUGUCGCUGCCAGAAUGGAGCCGACUGCCACAGUGUGAGCGGGGAAUGUAUCUGUGCACCGGGAUAUAAGGGCUCAGACUGUGCCAUAGCCUGCCCUCCGGGUACAUAUGGCAUCAACUGUACUUCUCUGUGUUCUUGUAAAAAUGGAGCCAUUUGUUCACCCAUCGAUGGAUCAUGUUCUUGUCAAGCAGGGUGGCAUGGGGUGGACUGCUCAAUUAACUGCCCCAGUGGAACGUGGGGUUUGGGCUGUAACCUGUCAUGUGUGUGUGGUAAUGGAGGCGCAUGCAAUGCUCUUGAUGGCAAAUGCACAUGUACUCCAGGCUGGAGAGGAGACAGAUGUGAUCAACAUUGUCAGGACGGGACAUAUGGAUUGGAUUGCCGUGAGCGUUGUGACUGCAGUCAUGCAGAUGGGUGUCACCCCUCAACUGGACACUGCCGCUGUCUAGCAGGCUGGACAGGCAUUCAUUGUGACAGUGUGUGUGCUGAGGGCCGCUGGGGGCCAAACUGCUCUCUGUCCUGUAACUGUAAAAACAGUGCGUCUUGCUCACCUGAUGAAGGUGCAUGCGAGUGUGCACCUGGAUUCAGAGGAACCACCUGCCAACACAUCUGUUCUCCGGGUGUCUUUGGCCACCGCUGUAGCCAGGCAUGUCCACACUGUGUCCACAGCAAUGGCCCCUGUCACCAUGUGACCGGCCAGUGUGAAUGUCUACCUGGUUUUAAAGGGGCACUCUGCAACGAAGUGUGUCCCAGUGGCAAGUUUGGCAAGAACUGUGGAGGGAGCUGCACCUGCACUAAUAAUGGCACUUGUAGCCCCAUGGACGGCUCAUGUCAGUGCUAUCCCGGCUGGAUUGGCAGUGACUGCUCACAGCCAUGUCCUCCGGGUCAGUGGGGUCCCAACUGCAUUCACACUUGCAACUGUCACAAUGGAGCAUUCUGCAGUGCUUAUGACGGCGAGUGUAAAUGUACGGCCGGCUGGACAGGUCUCUACUGCACACAAAGAUGUCCAUUGGGUUUCUAUGGUAAGGAUUGUGUGCAGGCAUGUCAAUGUGAGAAUGGUGCAGACUGCAAUCACAUCUCGGGUCAGUGCACAUGCCGUACAGGCUUCAUGGGACGUCACUGUGAAACGAAAUGUCCUGCGGGUUCAUAUGGAUAUGGCUGCCGGCAAGUUUGUGAUUGUCUCAAUAACUCCACCUGUGAUCACAUGACUGGCACAUGUUACUGCAACCCGGGCUGGAAAGGCACACGAUGUGAUCAGGCUGGAGGGAAUAUUGCAGAAAGUCCCAAUAGUUUGACAAGCGCAGCUCUGCCUAUGGAUUCAUAUCAAAUUGGCGCAAUCACAGGAAUCAUCAUCCUUGUACUUCUUGUGCUCAUCCUCCUCCUUCUGUUCAUCAUUUACCGCAAAAAACAGAAAGGCAAAGAAUCCUCGAUGCCUUCGGUCACGUAUACACCUACUAUGAGGGCCAACACUGAUUACGCCAUUGCAGAGUCACUCCCACAAACAGAGGUCCUUCCCAACAGUAACUAUUUCUCCAACCCCAGCUACCACACGCUGACCCAAUGCAGCAGCCCACCUCACAUCAAUAACAUACCCUAUGGAAAGAUGAACAACAACCAGUUGUUUGUGAACCUGAAGAACACUGAGCCGAGGAAGCGGCUUUCCCUGCUGGAUCACACAGGAACUCUACCAGCUGACUGGAAGCAAGGCGGAUCCUUUAGUGAACUCGGAGCUUAUGGAGUUGACAGGCGCUACAUGGGAAAGUCGCUUCGAGAUCUUGUGAAGAGUUUGCCCUAUCAUGCCAGUUCCUGCUCUCUGAAUAGUUCAGAGAACCCAUACGCCACCAUCAAAGACCCUCCCCUGCUGUUGACCAAGAGCACUGAAUGUGGUUAUGUGGAAAUGAAGUCUCCUGCUCACAGAGAUUCACCAUAUGCUGAGAUACAUUCCUCCAGCCCUGCCAACAAAAAUGUCUAUGAAGUUGAGCCAACCAUCAGUUCUGUCCAGGCACUUACAAACAACAACUGCAACGGGCCAUUCUGUCAAGAUCCAUAUGACUUACCAAAGAAUAGUCACAUUCCAUGUCAUUAUGACCUACUGCCUACAAGAGACAGCAGCCCAUCACCCACAGAGGACAGCAAAUAAACACUCGCAAACUUCAUUAAUGGACCAUUACUGUGUUUAUUGCUGUCUUGAAUGUCAUUCAACAUUAUAAAAGUUCUUAAUCACGUCUGGCUUACAUAUUCAAAAUGCCAUAGUCUUACCCAGUAUUCUGUGAGGAACAAGAGAACGAUUGUUUUAGAGGAGGACGCUAAUAAUUGUAAUUCAUUCAAGCAUAUCAUUCCAUUCUUUUAUAAUAACACAUCACACAAAUCCCAGACAAUCCUCCGUGUUUCUGAUCAAGUAUGUCAGAUUUCAAUUUCUGUUGUUUUUUCUUCCUUAUAAUAUUUCGAAUAUUAGUACUGUUUAUUGCAAUCAGAUUGUCCGAAAACAUUUCAGGUUUACCAAAGGUUGACAUGCCCUUAUAAAGCAUCAUUAGUGUUGUAUUUAUAUUGACAGUCACCCAUAAAUAUAGUUUACAGUCACGUAUGUCAACAUUAACAUCAUUUUUACAUUGAAACGAAGGGCAGAUACUUUAUAAUGUGUAGUACUUUCUAGUUUUUAGUAAGCUAAAGCUGGACUUUUGCAAAGAAAAACAUCUUUAAGAUGACGACGAGAUGGGUCAGUUUGAUAUAAAUAAAUCUGGAGUAUUUACGACAUACAUUCAUAUGUCUUAAAGCACUCUGAGCCUGAACUUUAAUUGUAUAAAACUGUACAUAGUACCAAUUCUUUCAAAUUUACAUUCUCAUAAAUUCCUUUGUAACUUGACUAGUAUUGUUUAAAGCAGGACAUACAGCGAAGAGUCAUCCCGUCCAACUGACUGGACCUAUAAUAUGUUUUCCAUAGAUUUUUUAUUUUUAUUAUUAUUAUUAUUAUUACUAUUAUUAUUUUACUCUAAAUAUUCCACACAAUGGGGCAGCAUGUGGGUAGCGCAGUGGGUAGCACAAUCCCCUCACAGCAAGAAGGUGGCUGGCUCAGUUGGCGUUUCUCUGUGGAGUUUGCUUGUUCUCCCUGUGUUUGCGUGGGUUUCCUCCGGGUGCUCCGGUUUCCCCCACAAGUCCAAAGACAUGUGGUACAGGUGAAUUGGGUAAGCUAAAUCGUCCGUAGUGUAUGAGUGUGUAUGGAUGUUUCCCAGUGAUGGGUUGCAGCUGGAAGAGCAUUUGCUGCAUAAAACAAAUGCUGGAUAAGUUUGCGGUUCAUUUCACUGUGGCGACCCCAGAGUAAUAAAGGGAAUAAGCCAAAAAGAAAAUAAAUGAAUGAAUGAAUUCCACACAAUGAAGUAAUUAAUAAUGCUGAUCCAAAAGCAGCCAAGUGUGUAUGAGUGUUUUAUGUAUAUAUCUUAAAACUGUAUCUUUGUUUUGCUUUUCUUAUGAUUUUUUUUAAUAAAUGUAAAAAAAAAAUCUAAAAAGUUGUGCAAAGUGUCAUCUCUUUAAAUAAAGGAUGAAAAAUG